UUAUAACUUUCUUCCUAAAAACAAUGAAACAAAUUUUCAUUAAAGGGGCAAGAGCCCAGAAACGCAGCCAAACAAAGCAAGAGUUCAGAAUACAAUGAUAGUUGCCUUUGGCUAGCCAUGCCAUCAACUAAAUCCAGUAAGAAAUAGAGGAAGAUGGAUAGCCCAUCAACUGUAAAAUAGAUCAAGAGAGACUAACAGCCCACUCCACCGGCUUCGGCUUGGGACAUGGCAUACCAUCAUUUUGAAGAACACUUUUGUGGUGGCAUCUUUGCCCAUCUUUGAAGACCCGUUUUGGAAUAAGCAACAAUGACUCUAAUGAGUGCAACUACGAUCAAUUAGUCGAGUUGCCCAUCCUCCUUAUUCUUCCUAUUUGCAGAUUUCGCUAGAUAAAUUUCUGAAGAAUUUGAUAGUUUCAGAUUGAUAAUAAAUUGUUAUAUAAUGGAAAUAAUUUGCUCACCCAACAAAAGAUGAUCUCACAAACUGGAGGUUUGUUUGUGGGAUUGGAAGACUAUGAGACACAAUCCCAAGUGCAUAGCCCUAUUCAAGAUGAUGAAGAAUUCAUCUCAAUGAUGGAAAUGGGUAGUGCUAACAAUACUAACAGUGGAAGGAGUAGAUCAUCCCCACCUAUGCACUUAAGUGAGCCGUUAUGCUCAAGAACUACAAAUCCAAGUGUUGACAGUGAGGUGCCAACUAAAAUAAGAAAGACUGUGACUCCUCCUAGAGAACAAAUUAGAGCUGGUAUGAAGCGGAAGCGAAAGACACCGAAGGCUCAAGGAAAGAACAAGACCAAGUUUAGAGUCAAUGGAUCUGAAACCUUAACCUUCAAUGCACGUGGACAGGCUGUUGCCCCAAAUAAUAAGAUGGCUGAGUUUGGUUGCUUUAUUGGACAACUUGUGGUGGAAUGCAGCGAUUUUCCCCUGAACGCCAAAAAUUGGGUAGAAAUUUGUACGAAAGGGAAAGCUGAUGAGGCAUGGCUCAUUGUUGAAGAGGUCGCAGAAGUUAAUGUAACGAAUCGACAACCAUUAAAGUUGCACCAGACAACCGGAGCAAAAACCUUUGCUCAAGUCAGAUAUGAAUGGGUACUGGAAAAUCCUGGAAAAGUAUUUGAAAGUGUGACAUUCUUCGACCUUGUACAUUCAUCAACGAAAAAAGAUUUGAGUAACCCUUACCUUUUGGAUAUAUUAACAAGUUAGUGGCUUAAGUAUAUGUAUGUAGUAGUUAGAUAACUAGCUUCUGAAUCCAACUUAGUUACGUUGAAUUUUUUAACAGAAGCAAAUUUCAUUUUAUCCAAUCAAUGUGGCUUAAAUUGAAAUUUGUUUUUGGUGUAUGGAACUUGUGAUGGUAGCCUUGAUAUUAUAGGUUUAUGAUGU